CAAAAACAGGUGCAAUAAAGUGUGCUGAACUGAGAGCGUACUUUAUUUUACAGCCAAAUCAAAAUGUUUAUAGCCAUAUAUGCCGUUCUCUUCUCUCUGGUCACAGAAGCUGUUCUGGGAGUGAAACUGGAGCAAAAAGAUCUCUCCAUGACUAAAGAGGAGGGCAAAAGUGUGUAUAUCAGCUGCAGUGUGACCGACUUAUCCAGAGAUUAUGUCCACUGGUACCAAAAGAAAGAAGGUGAAGCUCUCACAAGGAUCCUGUAUGUCAAAAGUGGAAGCAAAGCUGUUCCUGAUAAUAACCAUCCUGAUGCAAAGGACUUCGAUGUGAGAAUAAAGUCUGGUAAUUAUGAUCUGAAGAUAGCAAACCCGAAGAAAAGUCACUCAGCAGUUUAUUACUGCGCCAGCUGGGACAGCACCCACAGUGACAGCAAAUAUUCAAAGUGUGUACAAAAACCCUGAUGGUACACAACCACAACAGGAAAUGAUAUGAAGUGAGAAAAUGUGAAUACACACAUGUCAAACUCUACAGGAAUCUCAAAAAUAUUCCU